AUGGAUGUGAAUGAAACGCUGUCUCCUGCGCUCAAUAACUUAUUUGACUUAACAGUUUUAUCGCAUAAACUCCUGGCUCCGUUGAAUCGCUCUCAACUUCCUGCGGACAAUGACACGCUCCCUGAGUUAGAGGACAGUUUAGACGUCAACACGGAUAUCUACUCCAAAGUCCUGGUCACGGCGAUCUACAUUGCGUUGUUUGUGGUCGGCUGCUUGGGGAACUCAGUCACGCUGUACACUUUGUUCAGAAAGAAAUCUCUCCAGAACCUGCAGAGCACCGUGCACUACCACCUAGCUAGCCUCGCGGUGUCCGACCUCCUCAUCCUCGUGCUCUGUAUGCCCAUCGAGCUCUACAACUUUAUCUGGAUCCACCAUCCGUGGGCGUUCGGUGGCGCCGUCUGCAAAGGCUACUACUUUUUGCGGGAUGGCUGCUCCUACGCCACGGCGCUCAACAUCGCCAGCCUAAGCGCCGAACGCUACAUGGCUAUCUGCCACCCGUUCAAGGCGAAGAGCAUCAUGUCCCGCAGUCGGACCAAGAAGCUGAUCAGCGCUAUCUGGGCGGCGUCCUUCCUCCUCGCCACGCCGAUGCUGUUUACGAUGGGGCUACAUCACGUGGGAAAGGAGAUGAUCUGCACCACGACCGCAAGCACCAUGACCGCCAAGACCGUAAUUCAGGUAAACGCCCUCCUGUCGUUCGUGGUGCCCAUGGCGAUAAUCACCGCACUCAACAGCAUCAUCAGCCGCCAGCUGCUGCGCAUGUUCCACCAGGCUGCGCAGGACUGCCGCCUCGGUGUCGUCGGGGGCAAUGUCGCCACACUCAGUAUCGCCGUGGAGACCAACCGGGUGCGAUCGCUGCGCCACGGGGUCAACGUCCUGCGUGCUGUGGUCCUGGCUUUUGUGGUGUGCUGGUUGCCAUACCACGCACGUCGGCUAAUGUACUGCUUUGUGACAGAGUGGACAGACGGCCUCUAUGACUUCUACCACUACUUCUACAUGGUGACCAAUGUGCUGUUCUAUGUCAGUUCUGCCAUAAACCCUGUCCUCUACAAUCUGGUCUCUGCCAACUACCGACAGAUCUUUUUCUCUACAUUCCACUACUGCUGCCUCCCAUGUUGCUGGGGGACCCAUCACCAGGAGCAUCUGCAGCAGCAGCAGCAGCUCCACCCACUGGCCAGGCAGUGUAACAGUACCUCCAGUAGCCACACCCUCUCCACCAACAAUGUCAAGGAGACAAUGUACUGACAUGCUUGCUCCCUCUUUCUUUCUUUCUGUCCCUCAGCAAUCCAUCCCCACUUGCUUGCUCAUCUGCCCAAGCUUGGCCCAGCAUCACGCAUCUGGCACUCAGGCCCAAAAUGUUUCAGUAAACAAUGUAAACAAGUCAACGGAUCCAGAAUGCAAAGCAGCUAACAGAAUCCAUUUAUUUUCCAUUCUGGACCAGAAUUCAAACCAGCUAAUGGAAUCCAUUCAUUUUCCAGUCUGGACCAGAAUGCAAACCAGCUAAUGGAAUCCAUUCAUUUUCCAUUCUGGACCAGAAUGCAAAGCAGCCAACAGAAUCCAUCUCAAUCAGAAGCAGGCCAAGCCCUGAACUUUCACAGCUACAGGUCAAACAGUUCAUAUAUACUCAUUUGUAAACCUAGAGAAACGGCUGCAAGUGAGCAAACGCAAUUCGCAGGCAGCUCAUGCAUCACACUCUGCACCUGUUACGCUCAACACAUCUGUCUCAAUAAAGCAGAUGGUCUCACAAAUACGAAGUUUUCCAAGCAUGUGUAAAUACUGUAACAUUUAUUUGUGCGUAUGUAGGGAUAAUGACGCUGUUGGUGUGUGGACGAACAAGUUGAACGCAGACUGUGUGAGAUUGGGAGAGCUCGUUUUCAAAGGGCAGCUCUCCGUGGGAGAUCAGCGGCUCUGCUCAGUCAGCUGCAGUAAUGAUGCGAGUCAGAGCGUCGCUCCACGGUGCCCUUACAAACCCAACAGGGACCCUGGGACUGAAUGGAAGCACUCCAGCUAAUGUGCGUCAUCCUGAGCUCCAACUCAUGAAGGAACACUGGCAUUACAAUGACAGCGUCUCUGAGGAAGCAACGAUAAAAAGAUGACCAGGCAGAAGGGACAAUUUGGAUGGGAAUGGGGGAGAGAGAGGGGGGAGGGGAGAAGAAAUUGUAUUAUUUUUUCAUGAAAGCUUAUGCUAUUGUGUUUGAUUACUACUUUUUAAAUGCUAGCAAUGGCUCUUGGUCUUGUGAUGCAAAAAAUGGCUAAACGAAAGCGCUACUCAUACCUGGUCCUGGAAGAAGAGGAAACAGCAUCAUAUGCUGGCCGGUGAGCUUCAGGCCUCCACCUGAAGCAAUUAAACCACACCUGUCCCAAUCAGUCCCUCUGAGCCCUCAGUCAAAGCGCUGUCAAUAUUUAUUAUGUUUAUUUAUUGACUUAUUAAUCUGGCAAACACCCUUACUGGGGAGGCCCAGCGGUGCAGACACAGGAGUGCAGAUCAUAACUGGCCUGUGUUCUCAGUCCAGUUACCCAUCUCAGGUCCCACUGACUAGCGAGUGCUCUUCCCUCCCAAACAUGGCUGCCACUGCCUCAACCUCUGCAGCCCACCAGCGCAGCUGCACAGCCGCCGUGCAUCUCAGGCAGCUGGAGCGGGCACAGCGCAGAGGAGUCGUCAUUGACAACUGGGGCGACAUAGCUCAGGAGGUAAGAGCGGUUGUCUGGCAGUUGGAGGGUUGCCGGUUCGAUCCCCACACCUGGGCAUGUUGAAGUGUCCCUGAGCAAGACACCUAACCCCCCUAACUGCUCUGGUGAAUGAGAGGCAUCAAUUGUAAAGCGCUUUGGAUAAAAGCGCUAUAUAAAUGCAGUCCAUUUACCAUUUACAACUGUGGGGGCAGGUACCUGCUCCUCCCGCGGCCAUGUUAAGGCACCACAGGGCUGACACAGUGACAGCUGGGUUCCAGACUGUAGGGACCCCCUGUUUGUAAACCCCUGAUGUGGAGUCUGUGUACUGCAUCUGGUUUAGCUGGUAGAUCAGGUGCAGUCUCACUGUUUUGGUAUGAUAGUAACUGCUGCUGUCUUGUUUUGUGUCUGUGUGUGUGUGUGUGUAUGUGAGUGUGCAUGUAAACUUUCUAUUCAAAAUAAUUAUUUCAUUACUGAUGCAUGUAUGUUUUUAGACAAAUAAAUUGCUAGGAUUUAGACAGCGA